AUGUCAUCAAUAUACAAACUAUCAAUUCAAGGAAUUAGAUCAUUUGGUGCAGAUGAUCGUGAAACAAUUGAAUUUGGAAAACCUUUAACAUUAAUUGUCGGUACGAAUGGUUCAGGCAAGACCACUGUUAUUGAAUGUUUAAAGUAUGCCACAACUGGUGAUUUACCCCCAAAUAGUAAAGGUGGCGCUUUCGUCCACGAUCCUAAAAUCACUCACGAAAAAGACGUUAGGGCUCAGGUUCGUUUUUCUUUUACUAGCGUUAAUGGACUAAACAUGAUCGUUACUCGUAAUAUUCAACUAAUUGUUAAGAAAACUACCACUACUUUUAAAACUUUGGAGGGCCAAUUAGUCACUGUUAAUGACCAGAAUGAAAGGAGUACCAUUAGUACAAGGGCUGCUGAACUUGACACUAAAGUACCGCUCUAUAUGGGCGUCCCUAAAGCCAUCUUAGAAUACGUUAUUUUUUGUCAUCAAGAAGAAAGUUUAUGGCCACUUAGUGAACCAUCUAAUCUAAAAAAAAAAUUUGAUGAAAUUUUUCAGGCCAUGAAGUUUACCAAAGCUAUUGAUAACCUAAAAGUCAUUAAAAAAGAUAUGGGCAUCGAUAUUAAACUAUUGAAACAAUCAGUAGAGCAUUUGAAAUCGGAUAGAAACAAAAGCAAAGUUACAAAAUUGAAUAUAACGACUCUACAGGAAAAAAUCAAAACCUAUGAAUUGCAAGUUCAAAAAUUUAGAACACAGCUAGACGAAAUUACUGAACAAUCAAAUAAAUUGUUUGAUUCUAACCAAGACUUUCAAAAUGUUUUGUCCAAGUUAGAAAGCUUGCGUAAUAGUAAAAUUUCAUUACAAGAACAAAUUGAAACACUAACCAAUACAGUAGAUUCGCCCUUGAAUAUGGGUAAAUCUGAUCUUCUAAAAAAAUUAUCAAAUUUUACCGCUAAUUUGGAAGCUAAAAAAUUACAAAUAGAAAAUUGGAAAUCUAAUGAGUUAUCCAAAAGAAAUGCCAACUUAAAUAAUUUACGUCUAAAGUAUGAUGAAUUAAUUAAAAGAGAUGGCGAGCUCGUAUCUUGGGAAAAAAAUACCAAUUUGAAAAAAGAGCAAUUAGUACAAACCAUCAAAAUUUUUAAAGAGGAAUUUGAUUUAGAGAAUGUUAGCCUGGAUUCUCUGACUACGUAUUAUAACAAAUUAAAUGCUGAAGUUGGUAAUUUAGUUGAGGCAAAUGCUAUUGAAUUAGAAAAUUCUAAUAGGGAUAUAUCCAGACUACAAAAUGAGCAAAGUAUUGAAUUACAAAGUAUUAAGUAUGCUAUUACAGAUAAAGACAAGUUGAGCCACGAAGUAGCAGAAUUAAAUAAAAAAAUAGCCAACAUUAAUUACACGGAAUCUGAUAUAGAAUCUAUUAAAGAGAAUAUUCGUAAUUACCAAGAAAAACUUCACGAAAUAGAAAAGAGAAAUUCUGAUAAUUCUUUUGAUCAAAAAAUCAAUGCAAAUAAAAAGGAAUUGAUCUCACUAGAAAACGAAAUUGACAUUGUUCAACAAAAAAUUAUUGAUUCUAAUCGUCAAUCAGACCUAAUGGCUCAGUUUUCGAUAAUAAAAGAAGAUUUUACUUCAACUAAGUCCAAAUUGGCGCAAAAAGCUGCUGAUUUCAAAAAUCAUACCGAACUAUUAAAACAUCUUGAAUUUACAAUCCCAUCUGAUGAUAAAAUGCUCUGUUCUACUUUUAAAAAAAAAUUUAUAACGUUCGCAGAUAAAGCACAAACUUUGUCUCUCAUCUAUAGAGAGGCUCAAGACAACUAUAAUAAAUCUGAAUACAGUUACUUGAGUAUUCAAGAGAAUUUGGAAGAAUAUGAUAAGCAAGCUCAAAAACUCAGAUCUAAGAUCAAAAGCAUAUUGCCUGAAGAUUGUACUAUUGAUGAUUAUGAUACAAUUUUACAAGAAACAGAAGAAUCCUGUCAAACUGCUGUAGAGAAUUUGAAAAUGCACAAAACAACUUUAGAAUUUAAUUUAAAGGCGUUGCAAUUUGCUAAUGUAAAGAAUUGUUGCUAUUUGUGUCAACGCAACUUUGAAGACUUGCAUGAUAAACUGAAAUUAGUUAAAGAAUUGGAAAAGCGAACAACCUCAAAAUUUGAAGAAACUUUGAAGAAACAAGUUAACGAGGAAAAAGCAUAUCUAAGCGAUUUACGUAAGGCAGGUCCAUCGCUUGUUUCCUUGAAAGAUCUACUCUCUAAAAUUGAAAUGACAAAAUCGGAAAAAAAUCUUAUUCAGGAAGAAACCAAGAAAUUAGAAGCCUUAUUGAAAGAUAAAAGAGAGCAGCAUGAAAGGACACAGUCGCUUGUUAAACAAAUUACUGAAGUAUUAAAACCUUUGGGCGAGGAAAUUGCCAGAUUGGAUGCCGAACUGGAGUUUAUUAGUAAGAAGAAGAAUAAUAUAGAAAAGGAAGUCAGUAUAUAUCAGAAAAAUGGUCCAUUAGAGACAAUCCAAGAAUUGCAACAAAAGCAAACGCGGAUUAAUGAAAGAGGCAAAAAAUUAAGAAAGGAAAUUGAUGAGUUACAAGUAUUGAAAGAUUCAAACUCCAAAGAAUUUGAUAAAGUUUGCUCAUUAUUAAGGGAUAACACAUUCAAACAGAAUGAAGCUGAAAAAUCCUUGGUUGAUAAAAAAAAUAUGGAACUGGAAAGUGUUAAAAAAAAUGAUGCUAUUAAAUCUUUAACACUAAAAAUAACUGAAGGAGAGAGUUUUGUGGCCAAACAAACCAAACACAUACAACAUUUGGAGAUAGAAUUGAGCAACAAAAAAGUGGAGUUUAAAGCCAUAGAGAAUGAAACAAGGUCCAUUUUUGAUACUUUUGUUAAAAACAAGGAUUUGUAUAUUAAUUUGAAGAAUGAUAUACACAAAUUUGAUACCGAAGGUUCUGUGAAAUUAAAACAUGUUAAGGAACAAAUAGAAGGGCUAAAAAAAGAGAUGUCCCACAUUACUGAUGAAAUUGCUGAAUUUAAUGAUAAGAUUAACGCUGCCACAAGAACUUUACAAGACUCUAUAAACCAAGAGAAAAACUUGAAAUUAAAUAUUGAUUUAUUGAACCUAAAAGACAAACUGCUAUCUAUAGAACAGGAAAUAUUAAAGCUAGAUGUUCAAAAUGCAGAAGCUAAAAAAAAGGAAUAUCAACAGGAGUCGUUAAGAUUAAGGAAUAUGUUUGAAAAAUUAAAUGCGGAAAAUGCCGGAAAGCUUGGGGAGAUUAGACAACUAGAAAAUCAAAUAAAAGCGCUAACAGAUCAGUUAAAGACGGACUAUAAAGACAUUGACGCUAAAUAUGAGCAUGAGUGGGUCAAAUUACAGGCUAAAACUCUAGUUACCGAUGAUAUAGACACUUACUCCAAGGCACUAGAUAGUGCAAUUAUGAAAUACCAUAGCUUGAAAAUGAAGGAUAUCAACAGGAUUAUCGAUGAGUUAUGGAAGAAAACAUAUAGUGGCACUGAUGUUGAUACCAUCAUGAUUAAAACAGAUGAAAUUUCCAACACCCGUGGAAAAUCCUAUAAUUACCGAGUCGUUAUGUAUAAGCAAGAUGCAGAAUUAGAUAUGAGGGGUAGAUGUUCUGCAGGACAAAAGGUGUUAGCAUCUAUUAUCAUUAGGUUGGCUUUGUCAGAAACAUUUGGAAUCAACUGUGGUGUUAUAGCAUUGGACGAACCUACUACCAAUUUAGAUGAAGACAAUAUAGCAAGUUUAGCUAAAGCAUUGCAUAAUAUUAUCCAAUAUAGAAGAAGUCAGAGAAACUUCCAACUCAUUGUUAUUACACAUGAUGAAAGUUUUUUAAAUUAUAUGAAUGCCUCUGAAUUUACGGACCAUUUUUUCAGAGUUAAAAGGGAUGAUAGACAAAAAUCACAAAUAGAAUGGGUUGACAUAAAUAGAAUUACUGGAUAG